AUGGCCAGUUCUAGCAAGGAAUCGGCCGCCAAAGCUAAUAUAUUGGGUAAGCGAAAGCAGGAAGAUGAUUCGGAGACCAAACCGAUUCUGAUUCUGAAGAAACUUAAAGAACUAUCCGAGGAGAAGGAGACAACGAUAGAGCAGAUCGAAGGAAGUGUCGAGCUGUUGGAGACAAACAUCGACUUUUUCAAAGAUGUCGGACAAGUUGUUCGUGUUCGACUUAUGUUAAGCCGCAGGAGCAAGCCUGUGGGCCACGCCUUUGUUGAGUUUGUUUCUGCUAACGAAGCAAAGAAGGCACUGGAAACGAAGAACGGUCAAUACUUGCACGAUCGUAAAAUUAUUCUUGAUGUGGCUAAUAAGGCUAAUAAUGGAGCUCCAUACCUACCACCCAACACCGAUUUCUUUGGAGAUGUUGCAGAAGUUGUUAGUGUUCGACUUAUUGCAAACCGCGAGGGUAAGCAUUUGGGAUAUGGCUUUGUUGAGUUUGCUUCCGCUGACGAAGCAAAGCGGGCGCUGGAAAAAAUGAAUGGUGAAUAUUUGCACGAUCAUAAAAUUUUGUUGAUGAAAGGACUUGGUAAAGCUCCCGGUUUUGCUGAGGCAGUUGCCGCAAGAGAGAAGACGCUCUUUGCUGCCCAUCUCUCUAGCGAAGCUGAGAUUUCAGAUAUCAUCAAUUUCUUCAAAGAUGCUGGAGAGGUUGUUCAUGUUCGACUUCUUGUAAGCCACAAGGGCAAGCGUGUGGGCUAUGGCUUUGUUGAGUUUGCUUCUUUCAACGAAGCAAAUAAGGCGCUGGAAAAGAAGAACGGUGAAUAUUUGCACGAUCGUAAGAUUAUUCUCGGUGCUGUUUCGACCGCUUCAUGCCAUCCACCCAACAUCGGUUUCUUCAAAGGUGUUGGAGAAGUUGUUGGUGUUCGACUCAUUGUAGACCACAGGGGUGAGAGUGUGGGUUGUGGCUUUGUUGAGUUUGCUUCUGCCAACGAAGCAAAGAAGGCGCUGCAAGAGAAGAAGGAUAGUAAGAUUAUUCUUAACGUGGCUGAGAUAGCUCCAUACCCUUUCCGACUCAAGUAA